AGUGUAUUAUCUGAGAUUUCAUGGUAUCAGAUCCCAAAGCCUAAACUAAAAUCAAUCCCCCCUCUUUUCAUCUCGGCUGUCAAUCUCCCAUUUUCUUUUCUUCCUCUAUCUCCCUGCGCUCUUCGUUCUCCCAUGGCGACUGAAACCUCCUUCCAACCACCUUUGGAUCUCUUCCCCGUUCUCGUACUCUCUUUGUUUCUCUUCCCUCCACACCCCAAAUUUCUAUCAAACUCACUCCCACCAUCUCUUGUGGAAGCUUCAACUACUGCAUCUUCUCUAUAGAUUUGAUCUAGCUCAAUUCAUAAAUGGCUUGUCUCCAGUCCCGUCUUGCCAUCUUCACGUCGUCCUUCCCAACCCCGUCUAGCUACUGCUUAUGGGGUUGCGAACUGCGCUUUCCGUCAAUGAGUUCUAUGGUCUCCUCCUUAACGAAGAAUCUCGUCUCCAUCAACACAACCUCCUCGCCGAUGACUUCUAUCCGUCAUCUAACUAGAGUCGCUCUAGUUAUCGUGGCAGUGGCGAACGUGGGCGGUCAUCUUCUCGUGGCGGUGGACGCGACCGGCGAUAAAGAGAUGACCGACUAUAUUCUUCUCACCAACCGAGCCUCCGUUUCCCACAAGCAGUAUCUUGCACCACUUCCCAACAUGCCCUUCUUGGGCCAAGGCCCAUUUCUAAUCUCUCUUUCUUUUGCAGGUUCCAAUCCAAUGUAGCGUUACACAUGCCACGAUUUUGGUCACGUAGCCCAACAAUGUCCCACCCUAGCUCACCCAUCUUGUCACCAGCCCUUAGCUCACCUUGAAACCACCAUGACCUCUCAAGAGUGGCUCCUAGAUUCUGGUUCCAAUUAUCAUCUCACGUCCGACCUCAACAACCUCGUACUUCAUUCCUAAUAUAAUGGUCUUGAUGAAGUCUCACUUGUAGGUCUUAAGUCCUAGUAAUACUGGAUAAGACACUUGAUGAAUAUUGUCUUCCUUUCGAAGAAUGUUAUUAAUGAGAUUGAGAGGAUUUGCAAUAAUUUCCCACUCAGAUACUAGUUUGAGGACUAGGGCUCUUGUUUCUUUGAAUCUUAAAGCUCGUCCUAAGAAGGAGGAAGUACUGCGCAUUCAUAAUUUUGUUGUCUGGAAUAAGGUGUGUGUUAUUAUACAUGCAUGGAAUGUCCUAUUUUCCAUUGGCUAUCUCGGGGUUGUGUGAGUUACAAGAUAUCGACUCAAACAAACGUUAUUUGGAGGUGUCUGUUAAAGUGUCGCAGUGUGAUUCAGCUUCAUAUAACUGCACAAGGAGCCUCUAUGCUUUGGGAUGGGGAACCAAUGUCUCUUUAUUUAUUCUUUGGCUAGCUGUGAUGGAAAGAUUGACAACCCAUGACAAGCUUCUUGCUUGGUAAAAUCAGCAUCGCGAUUCUAUGUUUUGUGCCCGGGGGAGUGGAGACUUGUUUCCACCUAUCCUAUGUUUGCCUAAGUUAUAGGUCUUAAGUCGUGGGAAGAAGUUGUUAAAUGGUGUUCCUUUUUUUGGAAAGGAAAGUCUUCAAAAGUGGUCUUUGGCAGAGCAACUUGGAGUUUUGCUAUCAGUCUUAUUCGGCUGGAAAGAUGCUCGAGAAUGUAUGGGGAGCAUGCUGUGAGGUCCCCUUAGUUAGUGAGCGUUGGACUCUGCAGGAUUUUGAACUAGAAGGCUGAAGCUGAUAAGUUGUUGGAGGAGAGUCUCUUCGCGGUCGGAUUGGGUAGUUGUUAGUAAUUAUAUGUAUAUGCUUUUCUGAUCCGAUGGACAGUUUGUAUUGUUCCGAGGCGCUCAAAGGGUUUCUUUCCUUUGAGUAGUUUGACCUUAAUGCAAUUUUUUAUUAACCAUAAAAAAAUGAUGUGGCGGACAUGUGGCAUAAAGUGGCGAGUUGGAGCUGACGUGGGAGUUGAUGAGGUAGGCAGAUCAGCGUCUCGUUAAUGUUAUUGACAUUGUCUUUAACAUCGAAAAAGUUUAUAACGAAAAUGGCUAGAUUUGUCAUACAACCAUUCAAAAAUUUGACUAUUUUUUUAUUUCUAAACAAUUGGCUAUUAUGAUCACAAACGUAAAAGUUGUAACUAUACAAGUGUAUUUUGCCCAUCUUUUACACUUCUUGGUUUGGUUCUCGUGUAUACAAGAUUGCAGCGAUUGGGCCGCUUACUUGUGGCAUGUUCGAUAUCACAAUAAUAGGACCGUCCGGUGAGGAAUUGGCUGGACUUGCAAGUAGGCAGGAUUACGGUCAUACAUGGAUUGGGUGGGUCGGUUUUGACCACUCAUAGCCACCCAAAUCCAUUGGUCACUGGCUCACGGGAAAAGUAAUAGAUGACCCAAACCUAAUCAUUAAACACUUGAAACCCUACAUGGGUUCGAGUAGGAAAUGGGUCGGCUUCGAUUGGUUCAACCCGUAAAGUUUAAUGAAAUGUGCACAUUUGA